ACCCAGAGCCCAGAGGCCAGAGCUAGCUAGCUGCUGCAUCCUGCAUUCCUCCCUAGCUGACACACCAUUCCAUCUCCUGCCGGAGUCCCCAGGCCUCUCGUCUCAGUAGUCAGUAUCUCGCCGGCGAUCUCUAUCUCUAUCUCCGUCGAGCAAGGCAGCUGACUGCAGCCUGCUGACACAUUUCCCGGACUCCGCCGGCGUGGGGACGCGUGCCACUGCUCUCGCCUGCGCCGCAGCAGAGUACUGUGAGGGCGUGAGUCGAUCGGUACAGAUAGAAACUAACCGCCGGGGCGCACGGUGCGAGAGGGAUCCGUUCCGUCCUCGCGUGGUUUGCGCGUGCGUGAGGUCGUCAGAAGAAGAAGAUGGUGAACACGAAGCGCGUCGAGCCGGUGCGGGGCGGCGGCGGCGGCCUCCCGCUGGCGGCGCUCAACCACAUCUCGGUCGUGUGCCGGUCGCUCGAGAGCUCCGUGCGCUUCUACCGCGACGUCCUCGGGUUCGUCCCCAUCCGCCGCCCGGGCUCCUUCGACUUCGACGGCGCAUGGCUGUUCAACUACGGCAUCGGCAUCCAUCUCCUGCAGGCCGAGGACCCCGAGAGCAUGCCCCCGAAGAAGACGGAGAUCAACCCCAAGGACAACCACAUCUCCUUCCAGUGCGAGAGCAUGGAGGCGGUGCAGCGGCGGCUCAAGGAGCUGGGCGUCCGCUACGUGCAGCGGCGCGUGGAGGAGGGCGGCAUCUUCGUGGACCAGCUCUUCUUCCACGACCCCGACGGCUUCAUGGUCGAGGUGUGCACCUGCGACAACCUCCCCAUCGUGCCCCUCGUCCCCGUCGAGGGCAACGCCGUCCUCGGCCUGCCGCCCCAGUCGCCGGCCUGCAAGAGGCCAGCUGCAGCAACCCUCAGGCCAGCGCCGCCGACGACGCUUCCCGUCCCCGUGGCGGUGCCGGCGCCGGUCUCGGCCGCGGUGCCGCCUGCGCAGUGCGUUCCGGCGAUGAGGUCCUGCCCGGAGCACGCGUGCAUGCAGGUCUGAUCGAUUGACUCGCCCACCGAGAUGACCGAGCUGGAUCAUCGGAAGGACACCGGCAGCAUCUUGAAGACCCAGCGAAGAUUUAUUUGCUGCCUAGCUUGUUUCCUUCCAUUCGUCGACCAUGAAGAGUUGUAUGUGCCGGGCGUCUUUUCCGAUCCGUCCAAGUUUUUUAUUUAAUUUUUUGUUCGAUGUCGAUGGCCGGUCUGCUGCAGCUAGCUGCUGCAUGCACCUUGUAACACCACUGCACAUAGUAUAUGUAUCCACGCAUGUUGUAAUAUGUUGUAAUCUAUUUAUUAUAUAUAUAAUAUAAAUAUAUCCAGUAUUCCCGUGGCA